AUGAAGUGGAACUUUGAUCUAUCCUGUAAAACUCAAGAAAUCCUGCCAGGCCUGGCAACACUUUUCAGGUUUGCCCUUCCUGAUCCCAGCAAGGUGGAAUUAAGAUUCACAUAUGACUAUGUUGGGCUAACUGCAGGAGUUGGGGUCAAGGCAUCUGAACAUGGUCCCUUUUCAGGAAACUCAUACAACCCAAUCCUUAGCUUCUCUGGCCUUCUUGGAACCAAUCUUUUCACCAUGGGAGCAUACAUAUCUAUGUCCCUCUCUUUACCUAUAUUUGUUCUCCAUAGCUCUGGACUUUCAGUCACCAAGAAAGCUAUGAACUGUCAUUUUACCAGGGAUGAUAAACUUGACACGGUAAGAGCCUCCUUCUACCAUUCCUUCAUUGACACUACUAGGAUAGCCAUUGCUACCGUGGAAUUUAGAGAUAGGAUCAUAUUGGUGGUGAAACCCGCAAAGGGUUCUUUGGCCUCAAGGGCAUGUAUAUAUACUGUGAGGCAACUCACUCUCUGUACAUCUGUUUAA